CAUUUUGACCAGUGUAAUUUUAGCUGUCUGGUGGUAAACGUGCAGACGCAGUGAUCGAAUAUUCCUCGUUCAGAAAAUAGCAAAUACGACGAAUUACAAAAAAAGUGAAAUAAGUGACUUUUUUUACAUUUACUAUUAUACAUUUUUUAUCGGUUUAACUACGGCGAUACAACGAUAGUGCAACGAAGUAACACGUGACGAUUUUUUUCACCGAUUUUGACUGGUUUUAUAAGAUUGUUUACGUUCUUUUGGAACGUUAGUGUAUGAAGUGGGUUUUGGAAAAACCGGAAAUAUUACAAGAUUCCCUCGUCUUUAUAAUCGUCUCUAACGGCACUAAUUCAUUAUGAAUGAAAGACGAGGAACGAAGGGUCUGGAACUCUGGUGUCGCAAAAUGACAGAAGGUUACCCUGGAGUUAAGAUCGAUAAUAUGACCACAUCUUGGAGAGACGGACUAGCUUUUUGUGCCAUAAUACAUCACUUCAGACCAGAUCUUAUAGAUUUCUCCAAACUCAAUAAGGAUGACGUAUAUCACAACAAUGAACUGGCAUUCCGAGUAGCAGAGCAGUAUUUGGGCAUUCCAGCUCUGCUAGAGCCAGAAGAUAUGGUAGAGUAUGCUGUACCUGACCGUCUAUCUAUACUCACAUAUUUGUCACAAUUUUACCAGGCAUUCGCAGUAAGGGAAGGUGCUUCAACAGCUAGAAUCGCUCCAAAAAGACCUCAAGCACCAUCUGAUCAUGGGAUCGUAUCACCCGCUUCCACCAGUCCUCCUACUAAGGUGGCUCUCACUGCCGCAGGCAAACUGCGAAGAGAGCCUUGCGCAAAGUGCGGUCUACCAGUAUUCAUAGCUGAGCGCCUAAACGUAGGAAAAUCACUGUUUCAUCGUACUUGUUUCCGUUGUGCACGUUGUAAUAGCCAAUUAACCCUAGCCAACUAUUACGAAACUGAAAACUCUGAAUUCUGCUGCGAAAUCUGCCCUGAUGAAGAAAAACUAGCCACCAAAACGUCUGCACAAAAAGCUGUCCUUCAGCGAUCGAUGAGUGAUGAAGAAAAAACGGCUAGCCUAAAGAAUUUUACUGAUGGGCCAGAUGAAUUUAGUGCGGUAUUCGAAUCUGCAUUAGAAAACGCUGACAUAGAAAAAAUACAGACGCUAGGUAGAGAGUUUAACUCGGUAAGAUCAGAUUUCUUUAAGAGUCAGAUUAAGGCUAGCGAAUCUAGUGAUUCCGGUACGGACGAUAAAGACCAAGAACCUCCCGAUUUGCCCAAAAGUUUACCCCCUGCUAAAGAUAUCGGUGAUUCGGUAAUUAGUGCACAAAUAGAUACCAUAAACAGGACUCAAAAUAGUAAAGUCGAUUCUGUCAAUAGCACACAAGAUGACAGUGGUUUUCCUAAAAAAGACAUUGUACAUAGUGGCUUAAAAGAUACUUUAAGUUUUGAUCAAGAAUCUCAAAAUGUUGUUACCAAAGAUGAAUCUUUUGAGGAUUCUUCUCUAGUUAAGACUCGUAGACGAUUGUUUGAAAAUGACGUUACUGAUAUUAAGGCUGAUGUAAAUAGAAAAACAGUGCCUCUAUCAACUUUUACAUCCAUUCCAAGUAGUAUUAAUAAGAGUAUAGAUAUUAGUGAUAUUAAUGAAGAUACCCCGCAUAGCUCACAUACACCGAAAAAGACUAACAUGUGGCAACCUGUAAGUGCAAGAUAUUCCCCCAAAAAGGAAAUUAUUAGCUCAAUAAAUAUGGAACUAAACAAAAAUAAGUUAUUUAAUAACCAGAAACAAGAUGUGAUAGCUCAUUCCGUAAAUAGGAAAUCCAUGGAAGAAGAUACUGUAGAUGAAAAUAAAGAUAUUAGCAUCGUAUCAAUAAAUUCUUCGACCGACCAGAAUAAGUCUGCUAUAGAAAUCAGUUCUAAUGCAUUAUCUAAUACGAAUACAACUGAUUCUUUAGAAGACAGUAAGUCAAUUAUAGAAAUUAGCUCUAGUGUUACAUCGAUUAAAGAUACAACUGAACCUUCUUUAGAUGAAGACAGGUCAAAUCAAGCAGUCACUUCUAGUAUAAUAACAUUGGAUGAUAGUUCAGAUAAAUAUAAAUCGUCUGAAAUUACCUCUAGCGAAAUAAUCGAUGAAUCAUUGAAGUCAAUUAACGAAAGUAUUGACAUUCUAAAAGAUUUAGAAAAUAGCUCUGAAGUAUAUAAAACAGCAGUUGAGUCAGACAAAUUUAAUUUGGAUACUACUACUGACGAUUCCUUCAAAUUAAAUAGUUUAACUGUGGAGAGUAUUGACGAUAUCUCUACUAGUGAAACAUCAAAUAUAGAUCGUUUCGUAUCUAUUGAAAACCAUAGUAAUUUAGCAGAAACUAAAGAUGAUUCUAUAAAUGAAAAUAGUGAUGGAAUUGUCGAAGCUGUAAACGACAACAUUAAAGAAAAGAAAUCACAGGAGAUAGUACAAGCAAUUAACACAGAAAUUAAUUUAAAUGAGAUAAAUUCUUCAAACGAAAUAGUUGAGACAGCACAAGCAAUUAACAAAGAAAUUAAAUUAAAUGAGGUAAAUUCUUCAAACGAAAUAGUUGAGACUGUUAACUAUAACGUAAAUAAUUCUAGUGAUGCGCUUUCAAAAUCAAGUGAAGUUGUAGAAAAUACUAAAUCGAAAUCCAAAAACACUCUCCUUAAAAUGGAAAGUUAUCCUGAAGAUCUUAAUCCAUUCGAUGAUGAACCACCUACUCCCAAUGAUUCCCUAAAUCCAUUCGGAAGUGAAGAUGAAGAGGAAGAAGUUUCAGCGUCUAUAAAACCCAUGCCAAGUCCUAGAUUUAAGAAGAAAGUCCUAGAUGCUUCCGAUGUGAGAAAAAUGAUGGAGUCUCCCAUGAAAGAUGUUGAUAUAGUGCGAAUUAGUGUUAAUCCUUUUGAAGAGAAUGAUACUGAAAAACCUGUUCCUGCAAGAAGAAGGAAGAAAAUUAGUGUUCCUAAGAUAAGCUUCAACCCAUUUUCCAGCGAUGAUGAUGAUAAUGAAACCGAAGAAGUUUCUAUUCGACCCGUUCCUGCACAUAGGCAACCAAGGCUAUCUACUGAUGCUAAGCCCCGAGAAUCACUGCUUAGUGCAAAUCUUCGUUUUGGGUCAAAUUCCUCGAUUUCCAGUGAAAGUUAUUAUGGUAGUGCAAGGAAAAAGAGGCCAGCUCCAAGACCUCCAAUUCCAGGACUGUAUGGUGAAUCUAAUGCUAGUUCAUUGACUUCAACCCCUAGUCAAAGCGUGCAACAUUCUCCGAAGGCUACACCCAAACAGAGAAAAAAUAAAAGAGCACCUCCUCCUCCCCCCAAGUUUGCUUCUACACCAAUACCGAGUCCGAAAAAACCGGAUGAAAACACCACUGAAUCCCAAACUGAGUCUUCCAUAAAACCCGAUGAUCUUCAACAAGAAAAAACAGCGAAGGAUGAAGUCAAUAGGAACCGACAAAGCCAAGACAUGCAAAAUGAUCCCGUUAUUGAGGACUCGAAUUUGCUUUCGGUUCCCAAUAAGAGUACUUAUGGAAAAUGGAAAAGGAAAAAGGGGCUAGCGCCAACAAAGCCGGUUCCCCAAAAGCGCACUAUCAGGUGUCUCCCAAUGACAGAAAUUAAGAAAGAACUAGAGUUUAUCGAAAUUCAGCAACAAGGACUAGAAAAACAAGGCGUAAGAUUGGAACAAAUUAUUAGGGAGAAGUGUGAAGGAAAAGAAGAUGCUAGUACCAAUACAGAUGAUGAUAUUCCUAUUGAAGUAGAAGAUUUAAUUUUACAAUUAUUCGAAUUAGUUAACGAAAAGAAUGAAUUAUUUAGGAAGCAAACGGAAUUAAUGUAUUUGAGAAGGCAGCAACGUUUAGAGGAAGAGCAUGCAGAUGUAGAAUAUCAAAUUCGGUGUCUCAUGAUGCAGCCCGAAGCCAAUAAAACUGAUUCCGAUAAAGCACGUGAAGAAGAAUUAAUUAAAAGGUUAGUCGACUUAGUAGAAAGACGAAAUGAAAUAGUAGAAUGUCUUGAAAUGGAUCGGGUGCGUGAAGCAGAGGAAGAUGACAGCAUAAGUAACCACCUCAGUUCAUUUACUCUAAGUAGGGAGACUGACAAGUCUCAAACGGAACCAUCAAAUAAAGAAAAAAACAAGGAAAAAAAGAAACAGAAAAAGGAGAAAAAAUCCAAACAUAAGGAUAAAUCCAAACUAGACGUAGACAAGGAUGUAGAUACCAGUGAAAAUUUUAGCACCCUAGAAAAGAAGAAAAAGAAAAAGUUUAGUUUAUUUUGAGAAGUCUUAAUUACUUAAUUUUGUUAGACUUGUUAUUCUUAAAUAUAUAUAUUGUCGAUUUGUAUAUUAUUUAAACAGUUACUAUAAAAUAUCAAUUUGUUUUGUUCGUUUGUCUUAAUUUUAUAAAAUAUCAAUUUGUGUUUGUUCUUUUGUCUUAAUUUUUGUAAGUAAAAAACUUUUCAAGAGAAUUAUUUGUGUAGAUCACAUUUUAAGCCUUGAUUAACUCUAAAUAAAUGAACUUCUAAUAAAUAAAACUAAAUAAUCCAUUUUGCAAAUUUAUGAUAAUAGGUUGUGUUAGAAAUUGUUUGCCAUUAGUUUAUUUCCGGUUGUUGUGAAAGCUGUGCUGUAAGUUUUAAUUUUUAGUAAGACAUAUUUUUUUGUACUUUCGUUAUGUGAUUUUUAUCGUUGCUUAUAUUUCAAUAAUAAAAUUACAUUUUGCAAAA